UAUAUUGUUUUUAAUUAAUACGACGAACAAAGUAAUUUUCAGAACUUUUGUAAUUAAACCCUAGCAAGUUCUCCCGAGCGGAGGCUUGAAAGAGAGCGGGAGAGAGCGUGGUGCCGCUCAAUCUCACCUACAAGCAUGAUUUCCUCUGAUCGAAAUCUUUCCUUGCUCGCCCGCCUCAGUCAUCGCAGUUCGAUUUUCAUCUUCUCAUCUCUCUUCUUCUCCACUUCCGCAGUCAGGAAACCUUCUCCCAAGCUUUCAUUCAUCGCAGGGUACCUUAUAACCUCAAUCGGUCUUUCGCCGGAGAAGGCCAUGGAAGCAUCCAAGCAAAUCUGCCACAUUCAAAGCCCCUCUAAACCUGACGCCGUACUUAAUUUCCUCAAAAAUAUAGGUCUUGACGAAGCUGGCAUCAGAAACGCGGUUUAUCGGAAGCCCAUUUUACUCUGCACUCAGGUGGAGAAAACUUUGAAGCCAAAAGUGCGAGUUUUACAGCAGGUAGGCUUUUCACAACCCGAAAUCGCCAAGCUGAUUUCAGCAAAUCCCUUUUUCCUUCACCGUAAGAACGUUCAGUUGAAGAUCGAGUUCUUGGGGGAUCUCUUUAGUUCGAAAGCGGAUCUCUUGCAAGCCAUCAUUAAGAAUACUCACCUCCUGUGCUCCAACCUUGAUAAUAGGAUUAUGCCAAAUGUCUCCUAUUUGAGAGCAUGUGGACUUUCCAAAGAUCAAAUUGCCUAUCUCAUGAAAUGCAACCAUAGAUUGAUCACAAGAAGACUUGAUUCUAUCAAGAGCGUUGUACAGCGAGCUAUAGAAUUGGGGUUUUCUCCCGAGUCUAAAAUGUUCCGCUUUGCUCUGCAUUCUACCUGCCGCAUGAGCAGAGCUUCCAUAGAUACCAAGAUUAAGGUGAUGAUGAGCUUUGGGUUGUCUGAAGCUGAAAUUUCCUCGGCGAUUCUGAAGGCUCCACAGCUGUUGUUUUUGUCAGUGGAAAAUAUCAAAAGCAAAGCGGAUUUCUUCAUGAAAAGAUCAGAUUGCGAGCUCUCCUAUGUAAUUUCUCACCCAAAGCUUCUCUGCUACAGCUUUGAGAAGAGGCUGAUUCCGAGAUAUCAGGUUCUUCAACUUCUCAAGUUGAAAGGACUUCCUAAGAGAAAAUGUGGACUGUUUUAUUGCAUGAUGAUUAGUGAUAAGAAGUUCGUGGAGAAGUUUAUUUUACCAUAUGAAGAGGAGAUGCCGGACCUUAAUCAAAUUUAUCUUUCAGCCUGUGCUGGCAAUGUUUCAACGGAGGAUUGUUUCUCAUGAAAAAGAAGAAGGCUUGCUUAUAAGCCUUUUUGAUGGAUAAACAAUUAGUAAGAAGAUUCUAUCAGGUUAGUAGCUUGGAUGAUUCAAUUGCUGAAAAGACCUAGGGGCUGUUUGGAUAAACGUAGAAUUAAAUUCUGUGAAUUCAUAUUUAUAUAAUCGUUAGAGUAUUAUACUCUGAAAGCUUGUUUGGCAUUGCAGCUGUUAAAUCUUUCUCAAUUCUAAUAAAUUGUUUGGCUAUUUAUUUCAAAAUUUGAAGUUUGUGAGAGAAAGAAAUUCUUAAAUCUAUUAAGUUCAGUGAA